AAGACAAUUUAUUAAAUCAUAGUAAUUUACUUUUUUCUCAAUUAAGGCAAAGGGCAGAGGGAGUCAAAACAAGGCUUAACUACGAAUCUUUUGUAAAAUAAUUGAUGUAUAUUCUAACACUUACAUGCCUAUCAAAAUACUACAUUUAAUUUAUAUUUAGUUAUUAAUUAAUUUUAAUUUUGUUAUAAAAUUCUAACGGUGAGAAACAAACAUGGAAUUCAACUAAAAAAACUUGAUAUUAAGUGUAUCGACUUUUUAUAUAAAAUCGAUUAUAAAAUGAGCAACAAAAAAUCAUAAAAUGCAGCUAAUGUCAGAAAAACAAUUACGAAGCAACAAAAUUUGAUUUAAAUAUAUCAUUAUGUCAUCUGGCUGAACAAAAUUUAAAGUAAAAUUUAUUUUCAUAACAAAAAAUGGAUAUUACAACCAAUACAAAUCUUUAUUAAAAUUAUAAGAUAAUAUAAUGGAUUUUGUACAAGCUAGAGAUCAGAUAUAUAGAAGCUGACACUUAACAAAGACGAAAUAAACAUUAAAACUGAAGAAAACUAUAAUUUAAUAAUGGACACACGAUUCUUUAAAUUUUAACAUUAAAUAAUCAAAAAUAACUAAUACAGUUAAGAAAACGCAAUAGAGAGAUGCAUAAAAUUCAAUUAAUCAGUAAUUAUUCUAAUUAUAAAAAUCAGAACAAAAUGCACAAAAUUAAAUAUGUAAAAGACAUUAUACAAGAUUUGGAAAACUAUGGACCAGCUAGUUUAAUACAUAUUGCUAUUUUGAGUAACAUAAUUAAAAGACCCAUUAAUAUAUGGAAUGCUAAUGGUAGUUUAAAUAAGACCAUCGGAAAACAAAAAUUGGGACAAUCUGUAGAUAUUGAAUAUCAUGCAAACAGUUCGGAACAAAUUGGUCACUGGACCCUAAGAGGUAGCAAAGAUCCCGAUAACGUUAUUAUUGAUUUAAACAGCUGCCUGUUUUCGGUGAUCGGUUCUCAAAUCGGGCAGAAUCCAUUAAAACUUCGUAAGUGGACUGUGUUAAAACUAAAAGACAAUUUUCAGAAUUUGGCCAAAUGGUUAGAUAAAAUUCAGUGGAAGGGGGAUGCAGGAGUAUUCCUUAUGAUUGGCGGAGUAAACGGACACGGACCUGAAAGUCCGAGAAAAAGUCCCGGAAAAAAAAGUCCAAAAAAAAGUCCCGGAAAAGAAAGUCCGAAAAAAAGUCCCGAAGAAGAAAGGUACUCAGAAAGGUACCCAAAAUACAGCACAAAAGAAAAAGCUAGAGAUAUUCUGAAUAAUUCAGAAGGUCAAUUAAGCGAAGGUGGUGAUGAGAAAAACAGUUUGACAAUAGGUCAUUCUAGAACGCAGCAUGUCGUAGGAGGAAAAUAUGGAGGUGUCGAAACUUGGACUAGGAAUAACCCACAUAUGGGAAAAUUUGCUUUUCUGACAGAAGAAGACCAAGAUUAUGUCACUCAUAGAGCAUUGCUAUCAAAAUCGGGUCAAGAAGCACUACAUAAACUUAACGAUGCCAUUGAACUUACAGUAUGGAUACCUGUUUCAGAAUUAGUAGAACCACAUAUCCCAUUUCCUCAAGCAAGCCGGUGGUAUAACGGAAUAGAACUACAUGGUUUAGAAGACAUCGACUGUGUCAUUAUGCUUUUAAGACAUCAGAAAGAUAAACAAAACAAGAUAGAUGAAGAGCCUCUUAUAGUUUAUAUUAGUCCACGCACAGGUACAAGACUAAGGUACUCAUCAUCCAACACGGAAAGAGACGCUCAAAGAAUUUUAAAUGAUUCAGAAGGCAAAUUAAGCGCACCGGUUAAAAUUAAAGGUAAAGAAGAUGAAGAUGAAGAUAAAGAUGAAAAUCGAGGCCAUUCUAGACAAAGGCAUGUCGUAGAAACAAGAUAUCAAGGUGUCAAAGCUUGGACUAAAGAAAAUCCAUGUGUAUCAAGAUCUGCUUUUCAGACAGAAGAAGACCAAGACUAUGUCACUCAUAGAGCAUUGCUAUCAGAAAAGGGUCGACGAGCACUAUAUCACCUUUACGAGUACGAUGAAACGGUAUUAAACGUACACGUUAACGACAUGAAAGAGGAAGGUGUCUCAUUUCCUAAAGGAUCCCAUUGGCAUAAGGGAAUACAACUAGAUGAUAACAAAGAUAUCCGAUCUGUCCAAAUGUUUUUAAGACAUCAUGCAGAUAAACGAGAAGAGAAAAAUGCAGAGCCUUUCAUAUUAACUGUUUUCCCGAUCUUUAAAAAUGUAAAACAAGUGACAUGUACACGUAAGGAAUCCAGAAUGAUUAAAAAAAUAAAACAAGCUAAAGAAGAUACUCGUAAAAGGGCCCUUCCAACUACAUCUAAAACUGCAUCUGCAACUACAUCUGAAACUGUUUCUAAAACUCCUAAAAUUGCUCUUAAAUCUGCUACUAGAACUAUUCCUAAAACUAUUAAAAUUGCUCUUACAACUGCCUCUGCAACUACAUCUAAAGCUGCUUCUAAAACUCCUCCUAAAAUUGCUCUUAAAUCUGCUACUGGAACUAUUCCUAAAACUACUAAAACUGUUUCUAAAACUAUCUCUGCAACUACAUAUAAAACUCCUUCUAAAACUCCUUCUAAAAGUGCUCUUAAAUCUGCUCCUAAAACUACUUCUAAAAUUACUUCUAAAACUGCUUCUUAAUUACUCCUAAUACUGCUUUUUAAACUGCUCCUAAAACUACACUUAAAAUAAUAGAAAUAAGGAAAAGUACUAAGGAGCUCCGAGUGACGAGCGGAUUGCAACGGUGGCACUUGUAAGCGGGGCAUGAUAUCACGCGGCACCUGUCAAAAUACACAUACAUAUAAAAAUGCACAUAUAAUACACGUGUAAUACAUAUAAAAUAUAAAACACGUAUAUUUAAACAAAUAUAAAAUCCCAUUGGUAUGAAAUUAUAUUAUAUUUAUUUAAUAAUUUAUGGCAUUUUUUUACAAGUUUUAUGUGUCGUAGUCAAAAAGGCACUAACGCUAAGGAGCAGACCGCAUCAUGAUAUGCAAUAACUGUAUGUGAUUUAUCAAUGAUGAUCAUUAUAAAAAAAUAAUACGGGUCAAAAGUAAAAUGACAUAUAAGAAGCAUUUUUAUUUGUACAACCUUACUUUUAUCCUUACCUCUACAACCGUACAAUUAAACGCAAAAAUUGCACAAAUAAACGUAAAGUAUUAAACCGUUUAAUAAUGAAUGUAAUAUAUUGAUUAUAAAAUUGAUUAAUUUUAAAAUAUAAAAAAAUAAAAUGUAUUAAUAAAAUAAGCAAUAAAAUUGGGAACAGCCAAGUGAGCAAAAAGAUCAUAUCCUUUUAUUAUUAAGAAAAUAAUAAAGAAAACUGAUUACAAAAUAAUGUAUAAAUUUGUACACGGAAAAAAGUUUGGCACUACUGCUGCAUCAUAGGUGGUAGUACAGCGCCACCUCGUAUUUAGGACUACAGAGUGCCAGUUUUGGGUAACUGGCAGCACUAAGCGCCGGGAGAACUGUUCUCCCCACCCUGAUGGGGCAACCACUGCACUUUAAGGUUAGGAAUGCUGCGGUGCGAGAUUGGGACAGCAGGGCUCCCGAUUGGGACAGCAGGGCUCCCAAACUGAGAGAACUGCCGUGCCAAAGAGAAGUACAACAGCGCACUCUCAUUUCGUACAGCUGUUACACUAGUUGGUGCUUCUGUAGUGCCAAACUUUUUUCCGUGUAUAAAAGCAAAAUUUUUGAAAGGUCGCCAGUAAUAAUUUCCAAAAAUUUUUAAUCGCUUUCUUCCGCCUGUGUGAAGUUAGCACCGCAUCUUUCAAAAUCGUAAGUUUUAUCAAGAGUACUAUUUGCACCCCAAAGAGUACUAGAGU